CAAGAAAACAUCAAGUUCAAAGUCAAAUAUUGGUCAAAAGCAAAAGUCAAAUGGAUAAAUGUACAAGGACAACAAAUGCAAUAAAAAUACGUUAUUCUAUAGCCUUUAAACUCUAAAGGGAGUUACAAAAUAAUUUACUUUUCGCGUUUUUUACUGAUAUCAUUACUGACCACGAAAAAAUGAAGUUAAUAGACAAAGGAUCUGCCCUUUGGUAUCUCCAAUAUUUCGGGAUUCCCUUAUCCUUGGGAAUAGUUUUGUAUAAGUUAUUUAACAAUUUAUCUUUACGGAAACGUAGAGCCACCUUGCAAGGAAAGGUUGUUGUGAUAACUGGUGCAAGCUCUGGCAUUGGAGAGGCACUUUGCCAUGUAUUUUUUGAACAAGGAUGUAAAGUUGUAAUGGCAUCAAGAAGGAAAUCAGAACUGGAAAGAGUAAAGCAAGAUCUUAUGUCAAAAAAAAUUGGAUUCUGUAUUGAGCCUAUAGUUAUUGAAUUAGACCUAGGAGACCUAGACCAACUGGAUGCUUUUGUAGAUAAAGUUCACAGUGUUUGUGGACAUAUUGAUAUAUUAGUUAACAAUGGCGGCAUCUCCCAUCGUGGCUCUAUACUGCAUACCAAACUUGAUGUGUACAAGAAAAUUAUGAAUGUAAACUAUCUAGGGUCUGUUGGAUUAACAUCAGCUGCUUUACCUAAAAUGGUUGAAAGAAAAAGUGGCCAUAUAAUUUUCAUAAGUUCUGUGCAAGGAUUAAUUGGGUUACCAGAACGUUCAGCAUAUGCAGGCUCAAAGCAUGCGAUGCAAGCAUAUGCAGAUUCAUUACGGGCGGAAAUGAAGCAACAUAACAUCAAUGUGUGUGUAGUAAGUCCAGGUUAUGUAAAAACUGCUGUUUCAAUUAAUGCUCUUACUGGAUCUGGGCAACCACAUGGAGUUAUGGAUUCAAGUACAGCUGCUGGUUUUUCUGCAGACUAUGUUGCUGAGAGGAUUGUGGAUACUAUAGUUAAUAAGGAUAAUGAAUUAAUCAUAUCUCAGUUUAUGGGACAUUUCGCUAUACUUGUACGUCGUACUAUACCUUCUUUAUACUUCUACCUUGUUGCACGUAGGGCAGCAAAAACGUAACUCCUGUUCAGUGUUUGACAAAAAUGGCAAAUCCAUGCAUUUAAUUCUUUAUUAUGUGAUGGUUAAAAUAAUGUACUUUGCGUUGAAAAGGUACUUUAUUUAUAAAUGGGUUAAU